CGGACACCGCCGCUGGGAAACAGUUUCCGCCCAUCGAGGUGAUUGACACCCUACUUCGCCGCUAAGCUCCGCCCCGCAGGCCACGCCUGUCGAGUUUCAUUGACGCUCCCACCGUCAGCUUCCGCCCUCCCCACCCCAGCGGCCCAAAUUUCCCGUCAAAGGAAACCAGUGAUGGCGCUGGCCAAAGUCUGAUAUCAUGAAGCAGGACUGGCCCAGUGUUUGUAUGUGCUAUCGUUGCUGAUGGCACAACUGAUCCAAUAUGAAUGUGCAUGACAUUGGUGGAAGACGACGCUUUGAAGACAAUGAGUUUACUUUGCGGAUUUACCCUGGGAGUAUAGCAGAAGGCACCAUUUAUUGCCCUGUUGCUGCAAGGAAAAGCACCAGUGCAGCAGAGGUUAUUGAAAUACUGAUUUACAAAUUACAACUAGAGAAGACAAAAUGCUAUGUCCUGGCGGAAGUGAAGGAGUUUGGUGGGGAAGAGUGGAUACUCAAUCCAACCGACUGUCCUGUGCAGCGCAUGAUGCUUUGGCCACGCAGUGCCCUAGAAAAUCGUUUCAGCAGCGAGGACUAUCGCUUCCUGCUUCGAGAAAAAAACCUUGACGGUUCUAUUCAUUAUAGCAAUCUGCAGUCAUGGUUGAGGGUAACGGAGGAACGGCGGAGGAUGAUGGAGCGAGGUUUUUUGCCUCAACCCCAGCAGAAAGACUACAAUGAUCUGUGCAAUCUACCAGACUUGAAUGAAAACACACUUCUGGAUAACCUACGUAGUAGGUAUAAACAAGAGAAAAUCUACACCUAUGUGGGAACGAUUUUAAUUGCCAUAAAUCCUUUUAAAUUUCUUCCUCUUUACAACCCCAAAUAUGUAAAAAUGUAUGAUAAUCACCAACUGGGUAAACUGGAGCCCCAUGUAUAUGCCAUUGCUGAUGUGGCUUACCAUGCCAUGUUACAACGCAAGAAGAACCAGUGUAUUGUUAUUUCGGGUGAGAGUGGCUCAGGAAAGACCCAAAGUACAAACUUCCUGAUCCAUCAUCUUACUGCUUUGAGCCAGAAAGGAUUUGCCAGUGGAGUAGAACAGAUUAUUCUUGGAGCUGGACCCGUGCUGGAGGCUUUUGGGAAUGCCAAAACAGCUCACAAUAACAAUUCCAGUCGAUUCGGUAAAUUCAUUCAAGUCAACUACCAGGAAACGGGCACUGUGCGAGGAGCUUAUGUUGAAAAGUACUUAUUGGAGAAGUCGAGGCUGGUCUACCAGGAACAUAAUGAACGGAACUAUCAUGUUUUCUACUAUCUGCUGGCAGGAGCCAGUGAUGAAGAGAAGAAGAGUUUCCAUCUGUUGAAGCCCGAAGAAUACCAUUAUUUAAACCAGAUGACGAAGAAACUAGUCAGACAAACAUGGGACGAUUAUUAUUGUGAUUCAGAACUGCAGGACAGUUUUACAGUUGAGGGAGAGGAUCUGAAGCAUGACUUUGAGCGCUUACAAUUGGCAAUGGAGAUGGUAGGAUUCCUGCCUAAAACCCGGAAUCGAAUAUUUUCUCUUCUAUCUGCAAUAUUGCACCUUGGGAAUAUAAAGUACAAAAAGAAGUCCUAUCGUGAUGAUUCCAUUGACAUCUGCAAUCCAGAAGUGUUGCCCAUUGUCUCAGAACUUCUGGAGGUUAAAGAGGAGACACUGUUUGAUGCACUGACCACCCGGAAGACUGUGACAGUUGGAGAAAGACUUAUCCUACCCUAUAAAUUAUCUGAGGCAAUAACUGUUCGAGACUCUAUGGCAAAGUCACUGUACGAUGCCCUGUUUGAUUGGAUUGUAUUCCGAAUUAACCAUGCACUUCUCAACAAUCGAGACCUGGAAGAACAUAAGAUUCUCUCCAUUGGUGUACUGGAUAUCUUUGGCUUUGAGGACUAUGAGAAUAACAGCUUUGAACAGUUCUGUAUUAACUUUGCGAAUGAGCGACUUCAGCACUACUUCAAUCAACACAUCUUCAAACUAGAGCAGGAGGAGUACAGAGCAGAAGGCAUCAGUUGGCAUAAUAUUGAUUAUAUUGACAACAGUGGUUGCAUAAAUCUCAUCAGCAAGAAACCUACAGGCUUACUUCAUCUACUGGAUGAGGAGUGCAAUUUCCCACAGGCGACAAAUCAGACGCUGCUUGACAAAUUCAAGCGACAGCAUGAGGGCAACAACUAUAUAGAAUUCCCAGCAGUGAUGGAGCAAGCUUUUAUCAUAAGGCAUUAUGCAGGGAAGGUCAAAUACCAAGUCAAGGACUUUCGUGAAAAGAACACGGAUCACAUGCGACCUGAUAUAGUUGCACUUCUGAAAGGCAGUAAAAACGCCUUCAUCUGCAGUCUGAUUGGUAUUGACCCAGUGGCUGUCUUCCGCUGGUCGGUGCUGAGAUCCUACUUCCGAGCUGUUGUGGCCUUCCGGGAGGCUGGAAAACGCUUUGUUGAGAAGAAACCUGGGCAUGAUGAUGCUGUUCCGUACCCGGUUUUGAAAAGUGUCGAUAGUUUUAGCUUUCUGCAUCACCCAGUUCAUCAGAGGAGUUUAGAGAUCCUCCAGAGAUGCAAGGAAGAGAAGUACAGUAUUACAAGAAAAAGCCCCAGAACACCAUUGUCUAAUUUGCAAGGAACAAAUACCAUCAAUGACAAACCCCCACGUGACCUGCAGGGAAUAAACUGGAAUGGCAGAGCAAGUGUCCAGACUUCAAGGAUCACCAGUGGCCAUUCCUUGAUUGAAGAUGAGGGGAUUUUUCUCAGUUCUGCUAGCACUAAGCUAUUGGAAAGAGCUCACGGUAUUCUUAUGAGGAGUAAGAACACAAAACCCAAGCCAGUAUUGCCAAAGCACUUAUUAGAUGUAAAGUCACUGAAAUACCUGGCAAGCCUGACUCUCCAUGAUCGCAUCACCAAGUCUCUACUCCACUUGCACAAAAAGAAAAAGCCACCCAGCAUCAGUGCUCAAUUCCAGGCUUCUCUCAAUAAGCUCAUGGAGACUCUGGGACAGGCAGAGCCUUACUUUGUGAAGUGCAUUCGAUCAAAUGCAGAAAAGCUUCCAUUGCGUUUCAAUGAUCAUCUAGUCCUGAGGCAACUGCGGUAUACAGGCAUGCUGGAAACAGUCAGAAUACGACAAUCUGGCUAUGGUAUUAAGUAUACCUUCCAGGAAUUUGUGGACCAUUUCCGUGUGCUCUUGCCGCAAGGUACCACCUCUUCCAAAUGUAGUAUUCAGCACUUUGUGAGAAAUGUGAGCCUCAACAGUAACAGUUAUCAAGUCGGUGAGACAAUGAUAUUUAUGAAGGAGAGUGAGCGUCAAAGGCUGCAAAACGUGUUGCACAAGGAGGUCCUAAGGAGGAUCGUUUUGCUUCAGAGUUGGUUUCGCACUGUGCUGGAAAGGCGACAGUUUCUCCAGAUGAAACAAGCAGCAGUUGUGAUACAGAAUUAUUGGCAAAGUUACAAAAUGAGGCAGAAUCUCAUUUGCACAGACUCCAGUGUCUUAGAUGCAGCAGCAACCAGUAUUCAGGCCAUGUGGAAAAGCUACAGCCAGAGAAAGAUGUACUUGCAAAUGCAUGAUGCGGCUAUUAUUAUACAGAGGUGCUGGCGAGGUUAUUGCAGGUACAAGCUCGCAGCACUCUGCAUUCAAACAUAUUGGAGAAGGUACAAGGAAAUGCAAACAUACAGAGCUUUCAGGGAUAGCAUCAUUAAGAUUCAAGCAGCAAACAGAGGAUUUGUUGUGCGGCGCAGAUUGCAGGCAUUGAGAAGACAAAAGUUCAAAGAGAAGAGAAAACACUUGGAUUGUGAGCAAAAAAUGGGACUGGAUGAAAACUUGGGGGAAAGGUUUUCUCAGCUCGCUGUAUCUGAUGAAGCCAAAUUAGAACUAAAUGAGAGCUCUGCUUCAAAAGAGACUGACAUUCAGGAUGUACCUGCUGACUGUAACGAUAUAUCUCUAGACAUGCAGGGUGGAACUUUCAACUUUGCCAAUGUUACAAAUUUGCUCCAGGAUGUUACGGUGAGGGAGAGACCAAAAUCAUUGUCUGGAGACCCUGAGAAGCAGAAAGUGGUGCGUGCCAAACGGCACAGUCGGAGAAUGAGAGAAUUGGAGCAGGCCAGGUUCAGUCUUGAAUUGCUGAAGGUGAGAUCAGGAGGUGUCUCUCCCUCAGAGGAAGGGCGCUGGUCUAAUGAGCUGAUUUCUGAUAGUGUGAACUCCUUGUCUCCUCAGGGAACACCAGACAGUGAGAGCUCAAGAGGUAGUUUUGAAGUACCCAUUGGUGAUGAUGGCCAGAAGAGACACCUCUAUUUAUCUGUUUGUGAUGACCUAAUGUCUGAAUCCAGCCUACACACUGCUCAGGAUAAUCUUUCAACCAGUCCAAAAGUCAAUGGUCAUGAUUUGUCCACUGGUCCGCAACUCAAUGGAAAUAACCUAUCUUCCAGUCCUCCUAAUAACACUAAUUGUUAUAGUCAUGUUUCCGUGUCUCCUGAAGUAGCCAGUGGAGAAUUUGAAUUUCAAAUAUCAAGUUCUGAAGAUCGACCUCCCAGUGUGAGACCAGCAGAGAAUCUGUAUUCUGGUCCCAAGCUGGAUUCAUGCUUGUUGCCAGAUCACAACAGCGCACCCAGUCACCUGGUGCCAAAUGACAACGCUGCUGUCGGCAUUGAUGACUGUAAGAUAGAAGACAAUGCCACUGAACCCAAACCAAGCAGAGAAGGAGCUGACAAAGCUUUGCCAAACUCUGCCGAGCUUGCUGUAAUGGAUGACGCAAGCAUGGAUUCCUUCUCACAUACUAAAGUUUUAGAAAAGCUUGAAUGGUUGAAUGUACAGCAAGCUGAGAGGCAAAAGCAAAAACAGCAGCAGGAUGAGAAGGAGAUGAUGGAACAGAUAAGACAGCAGACGGAAAUCCUUGAGAAACAGCGCAAGGUUUUUGAGAAGCAGGAGAAGGAUAUGUUUGAGAAACAUAGAGGGGAAGCUCUGCAGAAGAUAGAGCAGGGCAGACAGAAUGAUUCUCCUCACGUUCAUUUCAAAUCUCCAAGCAAGCAGGCAGACAGGCCCCAGUCUUAUCUUGUCAUGCACUCGGAUAGAAAAUGGGAUUCAAGUUCAGAAAAUCCUUCAACAACAAGUACUGAGGCUAAGUUACUGAACACUGCAGAAUCUUUUGAUACAGACACUAUCUCAGGUCUACCCACAGGAAGAACCAGACCAGUGAGCAUGUUCUAUGAAACAAAAGAACUACAGCCAUGUGGCCAACAAGAAAUUAAUAAGCCAGUUGGCUGGACUCCGAAGCUGAGCUUGGAGUCCCGUGAAACCCUUCCUAAUGUAGGUCGUCUCCGAAAGGCUGCACCUCAAAAAGGGAGCGCAGGCACAAAGGAAGACUCAACCAAGGACAGGACCAGUGCCCUCUUCUUUUUGCCAAAAGAUAAGAAUACCCUGAGCAAUAUUGACAAAGAUUAUGUGAAUCUGGAAAAAUAUCCAACUUUUUCCAAAGAAGAUGAAGCUUUCAGAGAAAAGAUGGUGAAAAUGUCACAGCCAAAAAUAACUGAUGUUGCAAGACCAGUGCACAAAAAGAGAGCCCGCAUGGCGCGGACCCGCUCUGAUUUCUUGACUAGAAGCUGUAACGCUGAAGGGGAGGGCGAGACUGAGGAAGAGGAGUAUGAUGACCCCUCCAUUGAGCCCCCUCUCUCCCCCAGCCAACCUAGAUCUGAGCUGAGGCCCAAGGACAGUGCCGGACAGGCCUGUUACAGUGACUCAGAAAUGAUGCAAUCUACUAGAAGCGAAGACCAAAAGAAGCUGCACAAAGCACAGUCACAAGAUGAACUGGGCAGAUUGGACUCUACUCAAAAGAGUAACAUCUCAGAUGGCAGAACUUCGAAGGGUCGAAUGAGAUUCUGGGGAAAUAAAAAACAAGGGGAAAAGAAAUUGUUGAAAGAGAAACUGGCCACUCAGUCAGAGCUGCAGGAACUGAGUAUAGAUCAAGAUGUCCAGGGACCACAGUGGCAUCGAGAACUUAAACCAAGUGAAACCUCACUCAGUCUACCACUGCCGGAAGGAAGAGAGUGUUCAUUGAAAGGUCAAGCUCCUUCACCUCCGAACCUAACUCCUCCGAGGAGUCCUGACUUGGGAACAGAGCGAGGGAAAGAGUUUAAGGAGAACAGAGAACCAUCACCGAAAGUAAAGAGGAGGAGAAGUGUGAAGAUCAGUAAUGUGGGCCUGGAGCCCAUUCAGUUGCAGCAGGACACCUUACAAAUUAUCACCAGUGCCAACGAUUUCAAGUGUAUGAACGAAUUCCUGCAGAAGAAGAUUACUGAUCUGGACACUGAUGACUCAAAGAAAGAUACAUUUGUGGAUGUAGUUUUCAAGAAAUCUCUUAAGGAAUUCCGCUUAAAUAUCUUUAACUCCUAUUCAACAGCUUUAGCGAUGGAUGAUGGGAAGAGUAUCCGAUACAAAGAUCUCUAUGCGCUGUUUGAGCAGAUUCUAGAGAAGACAAUGAGGCAGCAGCGACGAGAUUGGAAUGAGUCACCAGUCAAAGUAUGGGUCAACACUUUUAAGGUGUUCCUGGAUGAGUUCAUGUUGGAACACAAAAUUCUGGACAGCAGUACUGGAAAGGUACAAAAAAAUGAAAGAAAAAAGAGACGGAAAAAAGAAACUGAUAUUGUGGAAGAGUAUAAUGGUCACAUCUUCAAAUCAACACAGUACAGUAUUCCUACCUAUUGUGAAUGUUGUUCCUCUCUCAUCUGGAUGAUGGAAAGAGCUUGUGUCUGCAAGCUGUGUAGAUAUGCUUGCCAUAAAAAGUGCUGCUUGAAAACCAACAUCAAAUGCUCCAAAAAGUAUGAACCUGAGCUAUCAUCUCGGCAGUUUGGAGUGGAAGUCUCUCGUCUAACCAAUGACGAGAGAACAGUACCACUUGUGGUGGAGAAGCUAAUCAAUUACAUUGAAAUGCAUGGUCUGUACACUGAGGGAAUUUAUAGGAAGUCAGGAUCAACCAACAAAAUUAAGGAGUUGAAACAAGGCCUGGACACAGAUAUUAACAGCAUGAAUUUGGAUGAGUAUAGCAUUCACGUUAUUGCCAGCGUGUUCAAACAGUGGUUGCGAGAUCUUCCUAAUCCUCUAAUGACCUAUGAACUUUAUGAUGAGAUUCUGCGUGCAAUGGGUCUACAGGACCGAAAGGAAAUGAUUCAAGGUGUUUAUUCAAUAAUUGAUCAGUUGUCACGAACUCAUAUCAACACACUAGAGCGACUCAUCUUUCACCUUGUGAGAAUUGCCCUGCAAGAAGAGACCAAUCGGAUGUCCUCAAAUGCAUUGGCCAUUGUCUUUGCUCCAUGUAUUAUUCGAUGUCCAGAUACUACAGACCCAUUACAAAGCGUUCAAGAUAUUUCAAAAACAACUGCGUGUGUGGAACUGAUAAUCGUGGAGCAAAUGAACAAGUACCGAGCGCGUCUAAAGGACAUUAGCAGCCUGGAGUUUGCAGAGAACAAAGCCAAGAAUAGGCUGUCACUCAUCCGGCACUCAAUAGGGAAAGGCCGUCUUCGCCGCUCCAAUCACAACAGUCCCACUUCUCCAGUGGCAAUGCGAUUGCUGUCAGUCACAGAUGUUCCUGAAGAAAUAGUCAGUGCCGAUGAGUCCAUUGAUGUGGAACUGUCAGAGCAACAGAAGGUAGCCAUGCAGCAAGAGGAGAGAGUAUUAACCGAACAAAUAGAGACUCUACAAAAAGAAAAGGAUGAGCUGACAUUUGAAAUGCUUGCUCUGGAGCCACGAGCCUCAGAUGACGAAACCCUGGAGUCAGAAGCAUCCAUCGGAACUGCUGACAGCUUUGAAAACUUAAAUAUGGACUCCGAGGGAGCAUUAUCAGAACGUUCUGAAAGAAGCCUAGUUACAAGUUCCAUUGGUCAGGCCCGAUCUGAAGCAGGGAGAAGGUUGAGGAGGCCACAGAGGAAGAAAACUGACUCAAUUGUGUCAGUUGAAUCGGUUGUUCACUCUUCACCCGCAGUGUCACAAUCAUUAUCUUGUUUACCUCAAGGAGGAAAACGAUUUCGUUUCCGUUCAAAAUCACCAUCACCGGCACUUUACCGCUCCCACAAUGUCACAGAACAACGGGCCGAAAUGGAUGGAGCUAAAAGUCAGGAAGAGAGGCCACAGUUUACAAGCAGAGGGACCUUCAACCCAGAAAAGGGCAAACAAAAACUAAAGAUGAUGAAGCGUUCAGCACAGAAGUCCAAAGAUUCAACUGAUGGAGUCUUGGGCACAGACGAAAAGUGUAAUGCAGACCCUGAUUUUGGUGCUCCCCAGCAGCUGGUGGUAUUUGGGAACAAUGAGUUCAUGGUGUGAGACCAAGAACUUGGAAGGUUUCUGUGCUAAUUGAGUGGAGGUCCUUAAUCCAUCCCAGUGCAUCUUUCUUGGGUAGCUGCUAUCUCAAUGCAUCACAUGCAAUACUUCUAGUCCUCAUAGAUGGCAUUACUGCCUCAAGGAAUGACAAAGGGAAGCAAUUUCUCCCUAUUUAGGGAAACAAAACCUGCCAGAAGAUUUGUGCUGUGGCCUUAACCAUUCAGACACUGAGAAGACAGAACGCCUGCACCUGUCAGUGUGUUGAGAAGGAUGUAGGCUGCAGAUGCAUUCACAAGCAGCUGUUCUUGAGGGACAAUGAGGCUAUCAGCAGUUCAGAGCAUUGUGGUAGGAAGGCCAUACUUGAAGGAGCACUUGCUUAAACAGUGUUUGCCAUCCAUAAGAGGGGACUUUUCAGAAGACUGAAGGAAGAAAGUGGAUUUGAACUGUCAUCCCAUAGUUACACUCCAUUAAUGCUUAUGGUCAAAGAUUAUUGAGGAACCUUAUUUAAGAAAUCGCAAAUGAUGAUUACAAUCAGACUCAAUAACACUUCUCACUAACUUGAGGCACUGCUGUUAGAUAAAUAUUUUUAUGUGAUUCAGAAACAUCCAGUAGCCACUGGGAAAUAUAAGCCAAAAUGUCUGUGUUUAAAAAAAAAUAAUGCAUUAACCAUACAUCCUAUAUGUGCCAUUUUUUCAGGGUUUCAGGAACCACUUUGUGUGUCUAGUAAUGCUGCUCCUUCCUGGGUGUAUAGAAUUUACAAAACAUGGAGUUAAAGGGACCAAUCUGACUAGUCACUGAGCUUGCCAAUCCAACAGCUGUCCCAAUAACAGCAGAUGCAUACCCAAGUCAGCAGCUCAUUGACUGCAAUGCAUGAUAAAAGUGUAGGUAAGCCAUUAUCAUACAUGGUCCUUGAAACUUAGCCCAGAAGAAAAUCUUCUAUUGAAUCAUCAGUAUUAAAAACAAAGAGGACUUGAAGAAUUUUUAGUCUGAUUUCUAAAGCUUACUAUUAACUCAAAAUGUUUUUGUUUUUAACCUUCCAUUUUAAUUGAAAUUUGUCAUUGAAAAAUUUUGAUUCUGUGAUAUAAGAUUGUAGCUUCUUGUCCAAAGGCAGUAUCUAUGGAGUAGAUUAGGAACAAAACUGAAUGUAACAAUCACUGGAAUGGGCAUGCUGGGCUUCUAAUUUAUAGUGUGCUCAUGACUGUAUAUUUCAAGAAAUCUCUUUGUAAAGGAUAUAUUAUCCUGUGUCAUAUUCUAUAAUAAGUACUCAUGUAAACUGGUCAUCUUCAACCCAACAGAGAGGUGUCUGGACAGUUUCAACUCUGUAUUUUUGACAUUAGCAACUGGGAUGGCAUCUUGUGUAUAAAGUGCAAUUUAUCUAAUAUUUCUUAAAUAUAUCUGUGUACGGUGUACAAACAAGUUCAUGAACAAAUCUCCCACGGCUUAUUAAAGAGAAAGCUGUAUAAAUUACAUCCUGACUUUCUUCUUGUGCAUAGAAGAGGAAUCUAAAAGAUACUACAGUCAAAUCUGCGACGCCAGAAUGAUAGAAUGCAUCAUAGCAUUAAAAAAAACGAAACCUUUAUUCCCCUUUAUGGGGACAGGUAGAUAAUGAAUGGCAUUUUGCUCUUUCUGUGUGUGUGUUUUUAUGUGUGUUUGUGCUACUUUUUCCUGAUCCCAGCUAGGUUAAAAUGCUCCAACAUGAAUCUUUCUGAGUCAGAAACAGUCCUUGGUUACAUUCUUGAGUUUGCAUGGUUUGAAACUCCUCAGUGAUCCGUUGCAGUGAGAAAGUUUACCUUUGCCAGUCUAGCUAGCUUUGUGGAAUGGGAAUGGUUUAACUUACUGAAGUUAAUUUUUCCUCUCUGACAGCAGAAAACAGUAUUUAUGAAAUUGACAAUUUUGCACAUGAACAGGGAUACAGAAUGGAACUAGAUCUCAUGCAGGACAAGGUGUGGGAGAAGAGCUGAUCAAAGGUUGGAGUUGAAGACAUCCCUGUUUGAAUGAGCAAUAUACAGUAUAUUACCCUUGCCUGGCUCAAUUACAAUAAUUUUGCUUGAUGUAUUCUGCAUGGUUUAUCAGUUAUUUUGUUAAUUCCCUGCAUCUCCCCUCCCCCACCUCCAAAAAUUGAAUUCCAAACUAUUAAUGCCUUUACCCAAUAAAUUGAAAUAUGUUGACUGCUGACGAACACAAAACCCUUGCAGAUUUUUUUUUCCAUUCUGUGACCUGAGAAUCUGACCUCAGUCUUUGGUGGAUCAACUAACAGGUGUGAGGUGCAAAAUUGGUUUAUGGCUUAAUGUUCAGUUGGAAACCAAGACCAGUGUAACGUAUUGGAGAAGAAGUGGGGUUACGCAGGGUUGUGUAACUGAAGAAACAGGAGUGGUUGCAACACUCUGAGUUCAGUGGUGAUGGCUUUUUAAAUCACAGAAGAUUAUUGAACUGUUUCUCGUAUCUGAUGUUUCAGGAAACAUGAAGAACUCAGCAUGUCAGGCAGCAUCUGUGGGGAGAAAUAAACAGUUGACAACAAAGGGUCUUAGCCUGAAAUGUUGAGUGUUUAUUCCUCACCAUGGAUACUGCCUGAUUUGCUGUGUUCCUCCAGUGUGUUGUGUGUAUUACUUAGGAUUUCCAAAAUUUGCAGAAUCUGUGGUGUACAAGGACACAGCUAUGUCCACAACCAUUCCCUUUCUGUCAAAUAAUUUCAGCAAGUGUCAUACGGAGUUUAUAACAAAAUCAGAUACAUCGGUGAAAUAUGACUAAUUGGUAUUAUAGGAUUGGUGUUUGGAAUACAUUUCUGGGUUACUGUUUUAUUUGUAUGCUAAUUUAAUAAUUUGCCAUGAUCUAAUAAAGUUCGUUCUUGUCUUUUUA